AUGAGAGACGAUGAGAUGUUUGAUGUCUUUUAUGCGAGCUUAAUUGAUGUAGUAAAUUCGUCCUUCAACCUAGGUAAAAGAAUCCUUGAGCCUAAGAUAGUGAGAAAGAUUCUUAGAUCCUUACCUGAGUGUUUUAGGCCUAAAGUCACCGCAAUUGAGGAGAGUAAGGAUAUAGACACUAUCAAGGUAAAGGAGUUAGUUGGAUCCCUCCAGACCUAUGAAUUGACCUUAGACAAUCCAGUUAAGGAAAAAUCCAUAGCCUUAAAAAUCGCUAGGAAUAUCCAGAUGGAAUCUUCUGAUUCUGAUUCACCCAAUGAUGAGAAGAUGGCCUACCUAACUAAAAAAUUUCAAAAAAUAUUUAGGAAUAAGAAGAAGCCUCGAGAGAGACAAAGAGGUGGCCCGAGUGAAUCUAGGAAGAAAUCUAAAUCCGUGAGAUGUCAUAACUGUCGCGGUUUCGGUCAUGUAAGGAAUGAGUGCCCUAUUGCUAAGAGAUUUGAAGAGAAGGCUAUGAAUACUACUCUCACUGAUGACGAGGGUAAAAGUGGAUCCGAUCAAGAAAGUGAAAGGACAGAGGACGUAGAUAGUAGUGAAGAUUCUAGUGAUGAGAGUGGAAGUGUGGAAGAUCUAGAAAUAGCCUAUGAUAGGAUGUAUGAGGAAAGCCUCAAGAUCUUAGCUACUACCCAGGCAAUGAGUAAGAAAUUGAAAGAGCUUAAGCCAAAGAAGGAAAAGUUAGAGGCCCGUGUUAGUGAUCUCACCGAUAAGAAUGAGAUGUCCUCUAGGAGAGUAAGUGAGCUGACCAUUGUGAAUGAGACCUUAGCUAUUCAGGUUAAACACCUUGAGAGUGAGCUAGAGUUGUCUAGGUCUCAGUUACUUGCCUUUUCUAGCAGUUCUGAAAGGCUAGAUAAUAUUCUAGGAAUAGGCAAGCCGACUGGUGAUAAGGGAGGUCUAGGUUUUGAUCUGAAUGUUGCUAGUACAUCACAGACCACCUUUGUUCGUGCUACUGACUAG